AUGUCAGAGGAGUCGCUCCUGAAUGACUCGCUGCGCGAGAUCGUCGUGGGCUCUGUUUCGGGUGCCAUAGGAAAAAUAAUAGAGUUCCCGUUUGACACAGUCAAGGUGAGACUCCAGUACUCCAAAUCUCUCACCGAACCUCUCUUCACAUCGACUUUAGACUGCAUCACGAAAACAUACAAAAAUGAGGGCAUCUACAAGGGGUUUUGGAAAGGUCUACCGUCACCGAUGAUUGGAGCGUCGCUGGAGGCGAGCUCACUUUUUUUCAGCUACAAAAUAGCCCAGGAUCUGAUCAACAUAUCGCAAGGCAACCGGAUCAACACAGAAAUACCAUUUGGACAACGUCUUCUGUGUGGCUGUUUCAGCGGUAUUACCACGAGUUUUAUACUAACGCCUGUGGAGCUCGUCAAGUGCCAGUUGCAGGUCGAUAACCUCAAAGUUGGCCAGGCUAACUACACGUCGCUCGGUCACGUGAUCAGGACUGUUUUGAAGCAGGAAGGUUUACUUGGACUCUGGAAAGGCCAGACAACAACAAUGGUGCGGGAAGCUGGAGGGACUGCAGCGUGGUUUGGGUGCUAUGAAUACACUCUAGAUCGCUUUAAGGGCGACAAAGGCCCAGAUUACGAGUACAAAGCACAUGAGCUACUCAUUGCUGGAGCCAUGGCUGGGAUUGGAUACAAUGCUUCAUUGUUUCCUGCAGACACAGUGAAGAACGUUAUACAGACGAGUGAGACACAGAAAAACAUACUAGGGGUGCUCAAGAAGAUAUAUCUGGCGCACGGAAUUCGAGGAUUCUACUCAGGUCUCGGCAUCACCCUGAUCAAGACGAUACCCGCAAGCGCGGCUAUGUUUUACUCCUAUGAACAGCUCAAAAAGCUCUGGAAUUAA